AUGAUGCAGUCCUUCAUCCCCUCUGCCAACCUCCUGUUGAUCCUUUGCUGCAUGGCCGGCAUAAGAUUGAAGCUGGCUUUCUCAAAUUUACAGUCCUCACUCAAUUCGGUCCAAGUCUACGGCCACUUUAGCUUCGAGGGAAAUGAGUUUGCAGCAGAUGACUUCGGCCACCAGUUCCACCACCACCCGUUGGCUGUCCUCCACCCAAGAAAAGUUUCCGACAUAUCCAACACCAUAAGGCAUGUCUGGCAGAUGGGCCCCACUUCGGGCCUGACCGUGGCCGCAAGGGGCCUCGGCCACUCGGCCCAAGGGCAAGCUCAGACCCAUCAGGGUAUCGUGAUCAAUAUGCGUACCCUCAAUGGAAUUCAAGUACACAAAGAUGCCGACUCCUUUUAUGUGGAUGUCUUGGCUGGGGAACUAUGGAUAGAUGUUCUAAGCGAGUGCCUCAAGCACGGGCUGGCCCCCAAGUCAUGGACCGACUAUCUGCACCUCACAGUGGGAGGGACCCUCUCCAAUGGCGGCCUUAGUGGCCAGGCUUUCAAACACGGGCCUCAGAUCAGUAACGUUCUCCAGCUCGAGGUCGUCACAGGGAAAGGGGAGGUUGUGGUGUGCUCGGACGAGAAGAAUAGUGACCUGUUUCAUGGGGUCCUGGGUGGACUUGGACAGUUCGGUGUGAUAACAAGAGCAAGGAUCUCCUUAGAGCCAGCGCCAAAGAUGGUGAAGUGGAUCCGAGUCCUCUAUCAAGAUUUCGCCACUUUCACAAGGGACCAGGAGCAACUAAUUUCAACAGACAACACGUUCGACUACGUAGAAGGCCUGGUGAUCGUGAACAAAUCCGGUCUCAUCAAUAACUGGAGAUCGUCUUUCGACGCACAAGACCCGGAGCAAGCCGACAAGUUUGUAUCCGAUGGAAAAAUACUCUACUGCCUGGAAAUGACCAAAAACUUCGACCCCGAUGAGGAUAUUGACAUUGAGAAUGAAGUUUGGGCACUAUUGUCUAAAUUGAGCUACAUCCCAUCAACACUCUUCGUUACAGAAGUUUCGUAUCUAAGGUUUCUCGACAGGGUCCAUGCAGCUGAGCUAAAAUUGAGGUCGAAGGGGCUUUGGGAAAUACCACACCCAUGGCUCAAUCUACUUGUCCCCAAGAGCAAAAUACGCAAAUUCGCCGAGGGUGUUUUCGGAAGCAUCGUAACAGAAACAAACAACGGGCCUGUACUCGUCUACCCACUCACCAAAUCAAAGGUGGACAAUAGGACGUCAUUCAUAACACCAGAAGGAGAGGAGGAGGAGGACAUAUUCUACCUGGUCGCAUUUCUUCAUCAUGCAGCAGCAGCUCCUCCGUCGUCCACAUCCGAAGGCGGCAGCGUUGUCAUUGAUCGAGUAUUACAGUAUUUGGUGGAGCUCAACAAUAGGAUCUUGGAGUUCUCGGAGGAGGGUCAGUUGGGAGUGAAGCAAUAUUUGCCGUACUACACCACGCAGGAGGAAUGGCGGGCUCAUUUCGGGCCGAGAUGGGAAGCCUUUGUCCAGAGGAAAGCAGCUUAUGAUCCCCUCGCCAUUCUCGCUCCAGGCCAGAGGGUUUUUCCCAAGCCCCUUUUCAGUGCAUGA